AUGCCCACUCCAAUGAACGACGCUGCCAGGGUUCCGACCCGGUCUGAGGAAGAACACGGCCAUGGACAAUCAAAUGACUCUGCAUGCAAAGAAGCUGCAGCUGCGCCAGCGACGACACCCACAAAUGGUAGAGGAGGCAGCAAGACCGCCUUCAUGCGACGCUCGACCAGGAAAAUGCACGAAUUCUCGCACACUGUCAUGCAGUUCCUUGACAACUGGUGGAUGGAAAUACUAAGCUGCGUCGCCAUUAUUGUAGCACUAAUGGCCAUCAUUCUCACCGCCAAUGCCUAUCGCGACCAACCGCUCCCCAAGUGGCCACAUGGCCUUUCUAUCAACACGCUGAUUUCCAUUUAUGUUGCUAUACUCAAGGCAGCAAGGGCUCUGAUUCUCGGAAAGGGCCUUAGCCAUCUCAAAUGGACCUGGUUUGGAAUGACUAGACCAUUGAAAGACCUUGGAGCCUACGAUGAUGCCUCAAAAGGUCCAUUAGGGUCAAUACAGUUAUUGUACAUUCUGUAUGGACGAGAUGUCAUCUCAUGCGUUGCAGCAUUGAUUGUUGUUGCCGCCACGGUCCUCGAUCCGGUGGCUCAACAGGUCUUCCGCUACUACAACUGCCAGAGAAGCGAUCCAGCAAACACAAACACAUCUUCCAACGCCACGAUUCCAAGGACCAACUCUCAUGGCGUGCUCAUCGAUACAAUGGGAGGGUUAUUACCUCCUGGGCUUCGGUCCGCUAUCAACGCUGGGGUCUUCGCUCCCGGUUCGAUAGUACCUUUCGAUUGCUCGUCUGGGAAUUGCACGUUUCCUGAUACAUUCCACACCAUGGGUUAUGCCAGCACCUGCAGUGACGUGAGCAACGAAGUCCACGUCUCUAAUGUCACUGUGCCGAUGAACAUCACAACGUUCAUCGACUUCAAUGGGACCCUUUUGAAUGAAACAGACCUUGAAGAUGUCACCAUUGUCCGUUGCACGCUGCCUUCCGGACUAAAUACAACUUUACGUGACAUAGACCUGUUUCAGUCUGACGGCGAGCAGACACCCAGCCGUUACAUGGUAAUGGCUUACAACUACACGACGUCAGUUAUGGAGCUCAUUGUUGGACCCAUCUACGUCGAUCUGUCUCUGGAUCGGUUUGAAGGUUGCAGCGACCCAAAUAGUUGGCGAUGCAGAGGCUACGGUGCGGCAAGAUGUGCCAUCAGGCCGGCAGUCUUCGCCAUCAAGUCCUCGGUCGAAGCAGGCCGACUUAGCGAGAACAUCACCUUUGCCACCGAUCAGUUCAAUCCGGCCGGGUGGUCGGCUAGCAGCACGGCACAGGUGUCGUGCCUCAAUGCCACGCAAAAAGCAUCACUGGGAGAACCCGGGUACGAGAUUCCCUCCGACCUCGACUGGCUUCCAUACAAUGUGUCCUAUCGAUUAGGCGAAUACGCGAGUUGGAAUAACGGUUCGUUCAUGACGGACGAGAGCAUGUCAAUCGUGCCGGCUGAUUGCAUUUACUCCUCCGAAGACCUGGCAUAUUUUGAAUUAGACGAAGGCAUGGGGUUACCAGGGUUCAACCCACCAUUUUUUACAAGUUACUUUGACGUCUCCGUGUGGCCAGUUUCGGACUUUUGGGAUGGAGAUAAUGUCGCACUGGCUUUCUACAACGACGGAAACAUCUCAUUCGACAGCGUUGACAGCAUGUUCGCCAAUAUCUCUUCCAGCGUGACCACAUACAUCCGACAGCAUGGUGACGUGAACUCAUCCGCUCCAGCCCUUGGCAAGGUAUUGACCACCGAGACGUGUAUACAUGUCCGUUGGCCGUUGCUUUCCUACCCAGCAGCACUGGCGUUCUUGACUAUCUUGUUCUUUAUGGCCAUGGUAGCUCGGACAACGCAGGCAAAAGAGGGUAUUAACCAUGAUCUCAAGGCUGAUCCUCUGGCGCUAUUGUUCCAUGGACUGGACGAAAGUUUGCUGAUGAAGGUGCAGGACCGAGGAGAGUGUGGUGAGGGAAGCAAGCUUAGUGAGCAGACGAAAGAGAUGUUGGUCUCCUUUAGGCCAACCGAUGAAGGUUGGAAGUUUGUUGGCGGGCGCACGGAAGAAGCGUGA